UGUUGUUUACUGUGAUCACACACGUUAACACACCACAGCGGACUUGUCAGAACCUGGCGGCGGCGUGCGGGGAGUUUGUGAUCUUUAGCUUGUUUAUUGUAAACAAAAUCCAGCUGCAAUGUUCCGGUGUAAAACGGUGUGGAAUAAACUGGCACCGGCGGCGCGAGCGUCCUCAUCGCUUUGUAGACAAACUGGAAAGAGAGCGCUGCUGAGAAAUGACAAAAGACCGGCAUUCGCACCGCAGACCCACAUGUCCUCCGGUCCGUUAGGAGGAGGCGGAGAAAAUUAUAUAUACUAUGUGCUGGUGGGAGCCACCUGUCUGGGAGGCGGAGUUUAUGCUUAUCGCACGAUUACGGGAGACAGCGCGAGAUACUCGGAGCGAAUAAAAGAACUCGAGGAAAGGUCAAAAAAAGUGGCAGAACUUCCCACCGCUCCAGUAAAGAUAGAACCGAAGGUCACAGCAGAAGCAGUGACAGAACCAGCAAAAGAAUACACGGCUGACGAUGUCUCUGAACCCGUACACGAGUCUUCGGUUGAAGAACCUUCACAAGAACCAAUGCCACCAGGAUCUCUCGUGUCUGAGCAAGUUGAAGCAGAACCUACUCCUGAAUCUGUCUUGGAAGACUCUGCACCAGAAGCUUCCACUUCUUCUACACCAGAACCUUCUGUAACAGAAGCUGUCCCAGAAGCCCUUUUUUCUGAAUCAUCCGUAAGAGAACAAGGUGGGGAAGAAGUGGCUCUCGGAGCUCCUGUAACCGAAUCGCAUGUCACCGAAGAAAAAUCUGCCGAAGAACCUCCAGAUCCUGUUGUUGAGAGCGAGCCCGUGCCUGAAGUGGUGGCAGAAAGCGUGCCUGAGACCCCACCAGUAUCCCACAGUGAGCCUGAACCUGUACCGGUGUCCAGUACUGCUGCCCCUGUAGAAGUCUCAGCUGCCCUCCGUGAGGUCCCUGCGCACGCCCCUUACCUCCUGAUCGGUGGUGGAACUGCGUCGUUUGCAGCAGCGAGAUCUAUUCGUGCCCGUGAUCCUGGCGCUCGGGUUCUGAUCGUGACCGAAGAAGCCGAACUGCCGUACAUGAGGCCUCCUCUGUCCAAAGAGCUGUGGUUCUCUGAUGACUCCGCUGUCACGGAAACGCUGCGCUUCAAACAGUGGAAUGGCAAAGAGAGGAGCAUUUAUUUUCAGCCAUCUUCUUUCUACGUGAACCCCAGUGAGCUAGAAUUGGUGGAAAACGGAGGCGUGGCCGUGCUGACAGGCAAGAAGGUGGUGCACAUGGACGUUAGAGAGAAUAAAGUAAAACUGAGUGAUGGUGUGGAGAUCUCCUAUGACAAGUGUCUGAUUGCCACAGGUGGAAUUCCCAGGAACCUGCAGGUAAUUGAGCGAGCCAGCGAGGAGGUGAAGAACAGGACUACACUUUUUAGGAAGAUCGAGGACUUCAAAGCGCUGGAGAAAGUUUCCCGAGAGCUGAAGUCCAUCACCAUCAUCGGGGGCGGUUUCCUGGGCAGCGAGCUGGCCUGCGCCUUGGGCAGGAGAUCUCAUGAUCUGGGCCUGGAGGUGAUCCAGAUGUUCCCAGAGAAAGGGAACAUGGCUAAAGUUCUGCCUGAGUACCUGAGCAACUGGACCACAGAGAAAGUGAACAGAGAGGGCGUCCAGGUGCUGGCGGAGGCCGUGGUUAAGAACGUGUCCUAUAAGGACGGAAAAGUGGAGAUUAAACUAAAGGACGGGCGUCUGGUAAAGACGGAUCACAUCGUGGCAGCCGUGGGUUUGGAGCCCAGUGUCGAGCUGGCGAAAUCAGCCGGCCUGGAAAUCGACUCAGACUUCGGAGGGUUUCGGGUGAACGCCGAGCUGCAGGCGCGCUCCAACAUCUGGGUGGCAGGUGAUGCUGCAUGUUUCUAUGACAUCAAACUGGGUCGGAGGCGGGUGGAGCAUCAUGAUCAUGCAGUGGUGAGCGGCAGACUCGCCGGAGAAAACAUGACUGGAGCCAAAAAGCCCUACUGGCACCAGUCCAUGUUCUGGAGUGACCUCGGCCCUGAUGUAGGAUACGAAGCCAUCGGUAUUGUAGACAGCAGUCUCCCAACUGUAGGAGUGUUUGCCAAAGCUACUGCCAAGGACACACCCAAAGCAGCUACUGAGCAAUCAGGUACAGGAAUCAGGUCAGAGAGUGAGACAGAGGCAGUUGCCGGAACACUUACCCCUGCUGCAACAACACCUGCCCCCCCCACAUCGCAGGAGAAUUAUGGGAAAGGAGUCAUCUUUUACCUGAGGGACAAAGUGGUGGUCGGAAUUGUGCUGUGGAACGUAUUUAACAGGAUGCCGAUCGCCAGGAAGAUCAUUAAGGAUGGAGAGGAGCACGCGGAUCUAAACGAAGUGGCCAAGCUCUUCAAUAUUCACGAAGACUAAACACGCUCAUCCGGUACUUGUGGAGCUGGGAAAAAUACUUCUGCAGAAAUUAAAACACACACACACACACACACACACACACACCACUUGGCCGUGAACUUUCUCAGACCUUCGGCUCUGCCUCCAGCCCAGCGGUUCAGUAAUGGACUUGGUCCUGUUCAGGAAAACCUGUCGUUUAUACAGGAACACUGUCCAUGUUUUCUAGUGAAGUCAGUAAACGUAUAAUCCUGAACCGUUUCCCAGAGUCUCGACUUUCUGGCUGCAUGAGGUGUAGAAACCCCACGUCAGGAUCCACACCACGUCAUUUUGGUGGUCCAACACCGCUUUAAGACCCCUUUAGUCCCCUUCAUGGUAAAAACGGUACAGAUGUGGUCACUGUUUUAUUUGUCUUUUUUAAACCAGAGAACAUUUACAGAAAGAACAGUAUAUUUGAGCCAAUGGUAUAUAUUUGUUACUGAGAGUAUGUAUGUAAGAUGUGAUGUGCAGCUUCUAGCAGCGUCCAGUGUAGCUUCAUCCAAUAUUUUCAGGAUUUGCAUCGUUGACUUCUGGGGAAAUCGCCGAUGGUGACAUUGACUCAACUCAAACCGUCUGUGGGGUUAAACCAACGACCUUGAGGCGGACGAGCGGAUUUAAAGGAAUGCCACUUAAACAAGGGGAAGCGGUCAAGGGUGGGUGUGUGUGUGUGUGUGUGUGUGUGUGUGUGUGUGUGUGUGUGUGUGUGUGUGUGUGUGUGUGUGUGUGUGUGUGUGUGUGUGUGUGUGUGUGUGUGUGUGUGAGAAACAGUGUUGGGACUCAGGGUGAAGCGUCUCCUGAACAUUUCAUCGAAUAAACGUGUGUGUGAUUCUUUUGGGGUUUUUUUUCUUUUGAACCCUUGAGACUAAGCUGCACAAACUCCUCUCUCGUCUGUCCUGAGCCGCGUGACACGAUCUGUUCACCUGAUACUUGAUUAAAACCACCUGGUUUUGAACUUG